AUUUGAAACCACACAUUGAAGAAGCUUCUUCACUUCCCUACACUCAAUAUUCACUCACAGUCACAUCACAUAGCAUAACUUGCAACUGUUUUUCUUCUACUCCAAAAAUGGAUGAGGAGGAAGAAAUCAUCGAGGUUAGAGAAGAGUACAUGGUUUCACCAUCAUCCAAUGAAAACCCAACUCAGAGAAUAGCUUAUUUUCUCAAACCCUGCAGCCAAAACUGCAUUCAAGAGUCACCACAUCCACAUGAUUUUCUUCAUUCCUUCCUCUCCAACCAGAUAAAUGCUAUCACUGAAGUCAGAUACAAUGGUUGGCAAAAGCCACAAGAGGAAUGGAAAAUAUGGGUCCAAAAGAUGCAACUCAAGUAUGAACAUUUGUGGGUAAAAGCUGGCAUAAACCAUGCAAUCCAAGCUUCUACGUAUGAGUUCAACAGGAAGCAUGAGUUGAUUCUUGCCCUUGCUCAGCGAUGGUGUUCCAAGACCAAUACCUUCAUCUUCCCUUGGGGAGAAGCAACCGUCACGUUGGAAGAUUUGAAGGUUUGCUGGGGUUAUUCUGUUAUGGGAGUUCCUGUUUCUAGCCCUCUCGAGACGAGUGAGCAGAAGGAAGUAGAAGCAGAACAAAUUGAGGCAAGAAGAAUGUUUAAUAGCACAAAAUCAAAAAAAGUGACUCAUAGGCCAUGGGUGAUGCAUUUUAUGAAGAAUGAAAGCAGAGUGGAACACGAGGCCUUCUUGAUUUAUUGGUUGUCAAGGUUUGUGUUUCCAAAGGUACAUGAAACUAUUUUGAAGAGUGUUUUUCCGAUUGCGAUACAUCUUGCUCGAGGGACCCGAGUAGCUCUUGCACCGGCUGUUUUAGCAAGCAUUUAUAGGGACUUGAGUUUGUUGAACAACACCAUCAACAACAUUGGCACAACCAUCACUUUGUGGGCACCUUUUCAGGUUGUGCAAAUAUGGGCUAUGGAGAGGUUUCCAGCACUGCAGCGGUAUCCACAAGCAGUUGAAGAACAAGUGCUAUGGCGGUGGGCUAAGUGGGAUGGAGUAAAAAUGGUAAAAGAUAAAAACUUGAAAUCUGUAUUGGAUUCUGCUGGAGAUUGUAACAGAUUUUUAUGGCGACCAUACAACAAUUCACCAUCUCUAAAGCUUUAUAAUGAGAAGGAAAUGUGGGAAUGUGAUAAUCCUAAUUUGGAUUAUGAAUUGGAGUCAUUUGGUCGUUGCUUGAGGGCGUGUAAAUUGGUCGGUAUGGGGUGUGUAGAGCAGUACUUGCCACAUCGUGUUGCUUUACAAUUUGGAUUGGACCAGGACAUUCCAGGUAUGGUUUUAGAUUGUAACAAUGAUCCUUGGAUAUGUUAUAGCCAGCCUAUAAUGUAUAUGAAUUUGGAGAGUGCUUUAUUUUCCUGCCAGUCUAAUGUGACUUCUAGAUACUAUGAUUGGUGGAGGCAAUCAAAAUCAGGCAAUGAAGGAGAGAUCAUGAAGUGUUUUGAUCUUUGUCCUAUAAGCAUAAGCAGUUCAGAACAUUUGUCACCAAUUUCAAAUGGGCAGGUAAAGAGUGAAGGGUCCUUUGGCCCACCUCCUGGUUUUACUUCCAAGUUUGGAAGAGAUCAAGCAGGGGACUUUGAUAAAAAUGAUCAGUUGGGAGAAAGAAGAGACAAAGAUGAUAGCGAAGAAGCCAAAAUGAAGAGUCCAUUUUGUGAUAUAAAUGGUGCCAUUGACAUGGAAGGGGAAGGGGAAGGUGCAAGAGUUGGUUUAGGAGCAAAAGUGGUUGCUGAGCUUAAAGAUGCAAAAUUGAGGAUUUCAAAGCUUGAAAAAGUGGUUGCUGAGCUUAAAGCAGCAAAAUUUGGCCCAAAGGUUGAAAGAGGUGCAGACAAAGCAAAGCCAUAGUGCUCCUUGGUUAGUAACAACAGAUCCAGAUCCUGUUUACCCACUGCAGAUCAACUUAUUUCUAAGUAAUAGUUCAAUUGCUAACUUGCUUUGUAUUGUGACCUGUUGUUUAGUAAUAGUUCCUUUUUUCGUACAAUCUGCAUUAGUGCCCUUCAUUAUACUUGCUAUUAUGCAGAUCAUGGGAAUAUCAAGUGUCUGAAGUUAUUGAUUCGGUUGUUUUUAAAAACAUAAUAUAGAGUAUCCCAUUCUCUUUGUCUAUUGAUUACAAUAUUUUAAGGAACAAAGUACUGAUGAAGAACUUGUGUGUCACCAAAUCUUCCAAUUUCAUUUUAGUGGAGGACUGGAGGUACAACUACAAUAAA